CAAUAGAGAGGAUGGUGUCAGGUGCUUUCGAUAUGAGGGUGUUCACACCAUUCACACUGACUAACCGUCCGAGGCCAUGGAAUCAUGAUGCUGAUGAUUGGCAUCAUGAGGUCUGAAGCGAAGCUUGAGGAUCUGUCCAGAACGAUGGGCAUUGAACAUUGGACAGAUUCUUGGGUCGCUCAGUCAUGAUAUUUCUGGAUAUGUCGGGCCCGGAUGGAUGUUUCCGAUGUUGAGCGUGAGUAUGAGGUUUAUUAUAGGGUCGCUGUCAUUGCCGGUGACCGAUAUCAUGGCAUAUGGAUCACCGUCGUGAUUAUCCUCCGCUCGGCAUUCAAGAGCUUAACGCUAAGUCUAAGGCUAAAAUUCUGUACGAAUCUAUCCUUCAACGAAGGCGGUUUCAUGGAGAGGGCUUUUCUGUGGAAGCGUCCUCGAUCGUCGUUGUUACGGUGAAUGGGAUGAAUGACAGAUUCGCGAAUCAGAACGAACGUUUUUGGUAUGAUGCAAAGCUAAGAUACAUAUACAUAUAUAUCGGGAUUGAAGAUCUUGAAGAUGAAAGACAUCUAUCUAUUCAUACUCGCAAGGCUUUGCAUGGGCCUCGUCUUGUACACGAUCUCAUUGCGCAGUGCUAGUCUGUGAAUCCAUGCCUCACCCUGCACGUUUCUGCGUGUAUUUCACCUACAACGCUAUGCUAUCAUUUCUGUCGUCAUGCGUCUGCCUCGAC